AUGGGCUCUCUCUCGGUCAUGAGUGUUAAAGCCCUAGGAACUUCAUUGAAGUUGACUUUUGAAGGAAAGAACCAGUUAAUCUAUCCGGAGACCUGGUUUUUUAUGUUUGUUGUAGCUACAUGUGUGAUCAUCCAAAUGAAUUAUCUCAACAAGGCUCUUGAUACUUUCAACACAGCAAUUGUUUCUCCGAUAUAUUAUGUCAUGUUCACUACCCUUACAAUCUUUGCUAGUGUUAUCAUGUUUAAGGAUUGGGAAAACCAAGAUGCAGGAAGCAUUAUUUCAGAAAUAUGUGGCUUUGUUGUAGUGCUCUCUGGAACCAUCUUGUUGCAUGCUAUGAAAGACUUCGAGAGAUCUUCAUCUUUCAGAGGUAAUUAUACUCCUUUAUCCCCUUCAUUAUCAACCCAACUUUGUGCUGGAAACGCAGAGUUUUUGAUGCAUGAUGAGGAAGACAGGUUGUGUUCUGAAGAAGCCUGCGCAAGGCGGCAAGAACUCUACACUUAG